AACCGUCCGAUCUGGUGCCACGUCAGUCAUCCUCGAGAAAGUUAAAUUGAACGGCUGAGAUCAGAUUUCCUGAGGCUACUGUUAGAGCUGGUCGAAGCUCCUCGCCACUCUCUCUCCCACCUUCCCCUCCCUCUGUCAAAAAGUCUGGAAAUUUUUUUCCUAGGGAAGUUAGAUUUUUUUUUUCUGGAGGAAUAUUGCCACUGAGGUAAGAUGACGCUCGUUGAAGAUGAUAAGAAGUUCAAGGAGGAACCUGAAGUUCAGGUUCUGAGCAGCGAUGACGACGGUGAUGAAGAAGCGAAAGACGGAGAAGAAGUCGACGGCGACAAAGACGGCGGUGAAGGAGAUGAUGACGAAGACGACGAAGACGAGAGUGAGGAAGGAGAUGGUGAAGAAGAAGAUGACGAUGAAGUGCAGGUGCUGUACUCCUCCGGUGGGCCGCCGGAACAGUCGGCGGAAGACGAGGAAGAAGAAGGCGACGAAGAUGGAAACGGAGGCGGUGACGAUGACGACGACGACGAUGACGACGACGACGACGAAGAGGACGAUAAUGACGAAGAAGAGGAGGAGGAUCUGGGGACAGAGUACCUAGUGAGGCCGGUGGCUGGGGCAGAAGACGAAGAAGAUGCGAGUGAUUUUGAGCCUGAGGAGAAUGGUGAGGAAGAGGACGUCGACGAAGAGGACGAAGAUGAGGGUGGUCAGCCGCCAAAGCGGAAGAGGGCCGCCAAGGACGAUGAUGAUGAUGAUGGUAGUGAUGAUGAUGGUGGUGGUGAUGAUGAUGAGAGGCCUUCCAAGAGGUAGCUCAAAACUGACACGGACCAAGAGCUCCUUAGGUACAAAUUGUGAUGGGUUGAGACCCAUCUUUUAAAAAGAUGAUCUUUUUUAUUUAUUUUCAGAGCAGAAAAAAUGUUAAAUCGAAUUUGAACCGAUAGAUUUGGAUGAUGGGGUUCUCAUGCCCCAUGUAGUUCAUCUGAUGUUGAUGCAUUUAGCACCAUCUUUAACAUGGUGCCUUUCCCAA